GUCAUCACCAAGAAUAAGCCUCCUAAAUCAUAACUCGUAGUCGGAAGUCCGGGAGACCGUCCAUGUGACCCGUGACCUUCUUAGUUUAUUUCGUGAUCGCGCAGUUCCCCUCUUUACUAUACGAUCGUUCUCCCUGGGCGCCUCUCUUCUGUGCUAAAAUUCUGACAAAGACAAAAAAAUUCUCCAAAAUAUGAAAAUCGUUGACAGUUCCCCGCACUUGCAGCCUAUUUUAAAACAUCCCGGACCUGUUUUCAAAUCGAUCGUCUCUUUACGGGUUAUCCCCCCUGUGGCUGGAUAAAGAGAUAAAGGAGCGCUAGUCGAACCUGGGAUCUCUACUGUCCGCUUGCCUACUCCCCACUUCCCGCUGUCUGAAAAAAUGUCGUCAACUAGCACAGCUGAGAAGCUCGAAGCUAACACCUAUGAGGAUGUUCAUCACCGCAAUCACUUUGCCAACGCCAACCAGCCGCCUCCCCCUCCGGCUAUCGUGCGUCCUGCUCUCCCCAACGGUGCAGCUUUAGGUCUCUUCGCCUUCGGCUCAACUUGCAUUGGCAUUUCCCUCUACACUGCGGGCGCCAGUGGUAUUUCAGUCCCCAACGCCAUCGUCGGGCUCGCUCUCUUCACCGGCGGCGUCGCUCAGUACACUGGUGGUGUAGUCGAGUUCGCUAGAGGCGUCACUUUCACCGGUUCGGUAUUUUGCAUCUACGGAACCUUCUGGUUGUCGUAUGCCGCGGUUCUUCUUCCCAAUACCGGUAUUGCGGCUGCGUACGAGGCCGACACCGGUAUGCUGCAAAACGCCCUAGGCAUCUACUUUAUCAUCUGGAGCAUCAUCACCGUCAUGUUCUUGUUAACCGCUCUACGCAAAACCCUGGCACUGGUCAUCCUCCUUUCCCUGCUCUCCUUGACCUUCUUGUUCUUCGGGAUCACGGAAUUCACGCACGGAAAUUCAAGUGUCGCAAAGGCAACGGGUGUCAUUGGGACUAUCACAGGCUUUGGCGCUUUCUACGUCGGUCUCGGGGAACUCCUCGGAGCAGACCCGAAUCCUCCCUUCCUCUUGCCCCAGGGCGUUUUCAAACACUAAAGAAUCAGAUGGCUGUAGUAGUUCUUCACCUAGUUACCACACACACACACAUACUCAAGUCAUAUUUGCCCCGCUAAAGCAUGGAAGCCUGUAAACUAUUGCAUCAUUUGUAACUUAUAUCCAUUUUCCUUCCACACACACAAGUAAAAGAGCAGAUCUAGAAUUAAAAGGCGU